AUGAUUGAAAGGAAUUUACAAGUUCCUGUGUAUAAAAGUUAUCAAGCUCAAUCCAAUGAAGUUAAAGGAUUUACAGGUGUGGAUAAUCCAUAUGAGAAAUCAAAUGAUACAGAUAUUGUUGUUUGA